GUACUCUUCAUUUGUGUAUAUUUUGUCCCUCAGCUUCGCGCUGCCCUUUACGACGUCCAUGACAUCUUCUUUGAAAUGCCUCUGAGGGACCGACUGUCUUUACUGCAGCAGGACCGGGAGCUCCGUGCAGAAAGGAAGUUACGAGACAUGGAGAAAACCAAGAGCCCCAAGGAGAUAGCGGUUCUGUCUGCGGCUACACAGAGAUCUCUGGACCUGAAAAAGAAGGUCAGUGAAUCUCCAGCUCAGGCUAGGAAGAUGCAGCAGAAGCCAAAGAGCCCCACCACCAACAGUCCUGAAGCCCAGUCAAGGCCAAAAUUCUCCAGUUCAAGCACAGCUGAACCGGCAAGGGAGCUGGUACAGAAAGACGCCAGAGGAGAGAGUGAAGCGCUCUGACAACCUGAAGAAGCAGCAUUCUCUCGGUUAACACGUCUCUACAUCCCCUGAUCUGUGGAACCUUUGGUCUGUUAAUACAAAGUUUGCUUCAGUUAAACUCCAAUAAUCGCUGCUAAGAGUGUGAUUGUCCUUCAUCAAGUGAUUGUAUAAACUACCACAUUGCCAGUAUGUGAAUGGCUGUAGAUUUCUGCAAUAUCAUAACAGAUUAGUAGAUGAAAGACAUUACAUUGUUUGUAAAAGGAAGACAGAAACAGAUCAGAGCUGAAGUUCAAACUAUUUCUGUGCCUAAAAACAAAGUGUCUGUAACAUUUUAACCUGUUCAUAAACACCCAGUGCUUUAAUUUUAUAUUUUGUUCAAGGGCUUUUAGUUCAUGUUUUAUUUAUUUAAUGUUGCUAUGUUUACAGUUCUUCAGUUUAGAAACUUGAGUGUCUUACUAAAAAUAUUGUGGAAUAAAAAAGUAUAUUGUA